GGUGCCUCCUGUCUUACCUACUAAAGGUAAGAUGAAGGAGUGCUCCAUGGCCUGAACAGGGUCCUUCAGGGAUUUCGAGGACCGGCUCGACCGUUUAACCUUCUCAUCUGAAACUACAGCCUACACUGGCUGUUGAACAUGGUUGUUUUUGUUGGUGAUUGACAGCAGAACCACCUCACUAGCUGCUCUGGUCAAAAAUCUCCACAAACAUCAGCCUCCUCAUGUCUUUUAUGUACAACUCAUUUACCCCUGGGAAAGAAAAUGCCUCCCAGGGGGAAAAUGGACUCUUUAGUGGGCAAAUGGAGAGAAAUCAUUGGAGGAAAACACCAAAUCUUGGACAUGAAUCCAGCUUCAGCUUCCCUGAAACUUCUCCUGGGGCUCAUGAAACAUCUAAGGAAAGAGAUGUGGGACAGUAUUCUUUGCCAGGUAGCAACAGGCCUGAAAACCAUGUGACAACAUUGGACAGCAAAUCGCACAGUACCUUCAACAUUCCCCCCAGAGAGGAGAUUGGACAUCAACACUCGAGCACCAUCAGUGGCAGUAGCUCCUUCAAGUGGUUGCCAGACCACAAAAGGACUCCUGAAGAUUUCUCGAAAUCUACAUCAAAUGUUUUCGGCAGUGGAACUCCAGUAGUAGAUCGAAGACUUUCUUCUGAGCCCAACUACUUCAGAUACAAUUCACAGCUGGCUGAAAACAUCUUAAAAAAUUACGGACUGGAGAGAGCAGACAUGGAUGAACUUCUAAGUUACCCUGAAGAACAAACUACUGCUGAGAAACUGCCCUACCUCUUGCAAAACAUUCGCAUGAAGAAGGCCAUGAGAGCUGCAUCUGCAUUUCAGUCCAACUCCGGCUCCACAUCUCAACCCACUGCAAGUGCAAGUGGAAUAGACGCAGGGGUUGGUUUUGGACAGGAAGGAGUAUUGCAGGAUAAAAUGUCAUCCACUCUUGAGCUAAUAAAAGUGACUAAAUCUGAACACACUGCAGCAUGUUGUGCAGGGGCUGAUCCUAUGAUUGGCAGGAACAUUCAGAGUCCAGCAUUGUCUUGUAGAAACAAUUUCCUGACGGCUAGUUUUCAGAGUAGCAACCAGAGUAAAGACGGAUUGCUUGAAAGUUUCUCUAAAAUAAAAAGUGGUGGUUUGGGUUCUUCAGAUGACCAGAUGGGAUCCUUUAAAGUCAAGUCUCCUCCAAGACUUGAUUAUGCUAGACAGCUUCAGACCCAGCCAAACCAGACACACACAAGUGGAAUGACCCGAUCGACUGGUUUUGGACAAAGAGAAAUGCCCCGAUAUCAAAAGCCAAAAAUUAUUAUUCAACCAAUUAAAAUGAUUGGCUAUGCACAUACUGUAAAGUGUGUUGCAGAUGUUGAUGAGUCUGUCAAGAACAUUUGCAACACAGUUACGAUGGGUGGACAGACUUUACUGAUGGAUGGUUUUCAAAGCAGCACCCAGAGUAAAGAAGCAUCAGAACUAAGUUUGGUAGAGAUAAAGAGCACCAGUUUAGUGCCUUCAGACCAAAUUGUAUCUCUUGGGGGUCUCAACUCACCGAGGAAUGCUCUGCCUCCUCCAAGCAGUAAUCCAACUGACAAACUGGAGACCCAGCAAAACCAGGCUCUGCAGUCAGUUUCUUCAUUACCUCUACAACAUAAAAACAGAGAUGCUACGUCCAGUGGUGAAAGUAAAGCUCAAGGGCAAGGAUCAAAUAUUGCAGACCCGAUGAAGAAUCAACAAAAGCCACAGAAAAUCAAUAUUCACUCAAUCUUGCAAAUUUUUCAAGCUUGGCAGCCUGCAGUGUCUUUUCCUGCAGAAUCAGUUUCUCCAUCAUCUUUGAUUCCUAAAAUGCCAGAUGUCUCAUAUGCUGUUUUACCUUCUGCAGUUACCUCUAGUGAUCCUGUCUCCAGUGUUUCUCAGUCUCCACUAAUCAUAAAAACAGAAAACACUGCUCAUGUGCCAUCUUCUAAACCUGAAUCUCUAGCUGAGACCGGGCCCUCUCAGGAUCUGCCAUCCCUGGCUAUGAUGCAUGAUUAUGCUGCUGUCAUGCCAAGAACAUUUUCACAUACCUGCUCUUUAUGUGAGAAAGAAUGUGCUCAACUAAAGGAUUGGGUCUUCCACCAGAACACCACCCUACACCAUGCGAACUGCAAACGUCUUCGCAGCAGAUACCCUCACUGGAAUGGGGUGGUUCCAUCAUCGCAAAGGGAUGCAAGUAGAAGUGCUAAGACUUUGCCCCCGACCUCCCUAUAUCGUCACCAAAAAAAUAAGUGUGAUAGUCAUUCCCAUUCCUGCUCAAGCAGCCCCAGGUGUUCCAGCUCAGAAGAUAUAGGGGACAAAUCCAGCAGUCGGUCCCAUUCGCGCUCGUACAGUCCACGUCAUCAUAGAAGCUCAAGAGAUGGAAGCAGAAGAUCCAGCAGUAGUUGUUGUUCACGCAGCUGGCACCACAGCUCAAGAGAUGAAAAGCACAAAUCCCCCAGUGAUGUCCAUUUGUACACCCCCCACCGCAGCAGAUCAAGACAUAAAAGAAACAGAUCCAGCAAUAGCUCCAGUGCCCAUUCAGGUAGCCCUAGCUACCACAGGUCAAGAGACAAAAGGAACAGAUCCAACAGUAGUUCCUGCCAGCGCCGGCUGCAACUCUGUAUCUCAAGGUCUAGGUCUCGUUCUUGCUCCCCAUAUUAUGACCGCUCUGCUCUCUCCUUUUAUCGAGCACGAUCAGGAAGCUCUGAGAAACUAUCUUCACCAAAGAGAAUGUGUAAGAAAUCGAGGAACCAUGAACAACAGCUGUCACGUGGAAGGAGUCCUGAGCAAAGAUUGGCACCAAGAAGUGAUCGGAAACCGUGGUCUCCAAAGAAGAGUCUUGAGCGAGAGUCUUCCCGAAGAAAAACUGAUGGAAAACAAUGGUCUCCGAAGAGGAGUCUUGAGCGAGAGUCUUCCCCAAGAAAAACUGAUGACAAACAAUUGUCACCGAUUAGAAUCCGUAUUUGUCAGUCGUCCCCAAGAAUGAUCGACGAUAAACGAUGCUCAUCGAUGAGUGGCUGGAAGAAACAAAUGUCUCUGAGAAGAACCCAUGAUAGACAAUGGUCUCCGAAGAGGAGUCUUGAGCGAGAGUCUUCCCCAAGAAAAACUGAUGACAACCAAUUGUCACCAAUUAGAAUCCAUAUUCGUCAGUUGUCCUCGAGAAUGAUCGACGAUCAACAAUGGUCACCAACGACUGGCUGGAAGAAACAGACGUCCCCGAGAAGAACUGAUGAUAAACGAUGGUCACCAACUAGGAGCCAUGAGCGACUGUCCUCUCCAAUUAGGAGUCACAACAAAAGAUAUUCACCGAUGAGAAACCAUGAACAACAUUCAUCUUCAAGAGGCACUGAUGGUAAAAGUUGGUCUCCGAUGAGGGUCCGUGUGCGACAGUCAUCUCCAAAAAAUACUGAUGACAAAUGGUGGUCACUACCUAGAAGGACUGAUGAGAGACGACGGUCACCAACCAGGAGCCGUCAUCGACAGUCAUCGCCAAGAAAGAAUGGUGAUAAAGGAUGGUCACCAACUACAAAAUGUGAACAACAGUUGCCUCCAAAAGAUGCUAAUUUCAAGCAGUGGUCACCAACAAAAACUUAUGAGCAACGGUCAUCCCCAAAAAAUACUGAUGACAAACAAUGGUCCCUACUAAGAAGGACUGAUGAAAAACUUUGGUCACCAGUGAGAAGCCAUGAGCAUCAAUCUUCUCCAGGAAGAACUAAUGACAAACAAGGGUCUCCUGCACAAAGCAGUGAAUACCGAAGAAGGCCUGGUGACAAACCGUGGUUGCCAGACAAGAGUGACAGACAGCAAUCUUUUCCUGGAAGAGAUGAGGAACACUUUGUGCCACUGCAGAGUGAUGAGGAAAUGUCCUCUUUAAGGAGAAAACGUAAAAGACACACAUCCCUAGAAGAACUUUCCUCUCAGAAAAAGAAGUCCUGCAGUAUACAGAUGCUGACAAAGCGGCUGCUGAAAAAAUCAGCUGUCCAGUCUACAUCAAGACAGUCCAACAUUGCAAAUGUGGUAAAUUUAGUGGUUCCUGUUUUACUGUCUGAACUAGCCAAGACCCAGGAAUCAUCAACAUCAUUAGUAUUACCCUCACAGGCCGAAAAUCGAAAGGUCUUAAACCUUUCAUCUAGAGGAAGCAAGUCAUGCUCUUCAUCCCAGUCCAAUUUGCCCAAACUCGAGUGGAAUCCGGCAAGAUCUUCCAAAAAGUUCAAGGACAAUACUUCAAAGAGGGCCCUCUCCAUUAUCACAGAAGAUUGGAGAAAACGUCAUCGAGUGAAAGCCAGAGAUGGCAAUGAAUUGGGUUCGUGUGAGAACUUGGAUCUUCUUCCGAUUAAAACUCUUUUAUCUUUGCAUCAAAAACUUGUGAGAAAAGCAAAAAAAUUGUCUUCCAAAGGAAAACAUAUCUAUAGCUCCAAAUCCCACACUCUAAAAACACAGGCCUGGAAAUCAGCUGUAUUGAAUAAAAAACCUUUACAGGCAUUAGGUUUCAACAAGUUCAGAAAUCUGGGAACAAGUCACUCAACCCAAAGAAGGAAAUCUAUAGUUUCCGGAAAAGAUCAAGAUUUCAAAGCCGCAGUUAAAGAGAAGACCAGGGUUAAAAGCGUAACGAAGAUUACUGUUGCUGAAUCAAAGAAAGAAAAGAAAACUGUCACAGGCGUGAAGGCUGACUGUUCAAGAACAUCUGCAGAUAAACCGCUGGAUAAAACAGCCAAAUGCUCUGGAGUAACUAAGCAAAUAAAAGUUGAAAAAUCCCUGGGAGAUAAAUGGCCAUCGUCCAAACCUUCACAAAAGGUCCAGCCAAAAAUGGUUCCAAAUCCAGAUUUCAAGAAGUCCAAAAGCAUUGAAAAGAAUCCUGAUUCUGGUGGCGAAAUGAGGAAAUCAGCAGCCAGCACUUUCAAAAAAGACGCACACUGUGAGGUUGCAGUUAAAGACACCACCAAGAUUGGAAAAAUGUUACCGAGGACUGUUGCUGAAGCAAACAAAGGCAAGGAAAUUAUCACAGAAGUAAAGAUCAGUGCUUCAAAAACAUCUGCAGAUAAAAAGCUGAAUAAAACUGCCAAAUGUUCUGGAGUAGCUAAGCAAAUGAACGUUAAAGAAUCAGUGGGAGAUAAAUUGCCAUUUUCAAAUGCUCCACCACGUCAACCGAAACCGACUAAGCCACUGCUCAGUAAAGUAGUGACCACAUUAGAUCCACUUCAGCCUCAAGAGAUCAUCAAAACUCACGAGACCUCAGUCAAAGCUUUGCCCAAAGACCAACCAAGAAUGGCCCCAAAUGCAGAUUCCAAGAAGUCCAAAAGCCUCGGAAAGAAUCCUGAUUCUGGUGGCACUAUAGGAAAACUAGCAGCUAACCCUUCGAGAAAAGACAAAGACUCUGAGGUUGCAGCUAAAGACACCACCAAGGUUGGAAAAAUGUUACAGAGGAUUGUUGCUGAAUCAAACAAAGGCAAGGAAAUGGUCACAAAAGUAAAGGUCAAUGCUUCAAAAGCAUCUGCAGAUACAAAACUGGAUAAAGCUGCCAAAUGUUCUCCAGAGGAAAAACUUACAGAAACAAAUACCUUUGCAACCCACACCAAAAAUAGUCAUCAACCAAAGAGCAAAGAAACCACCCCUGGAUUUUCAAUUAUAACAUCCACAUUGCCAGUGAUAGAAAACAGUCCAGAUGGUUUUUGGCCUGCAAAACAUGGUUUUUCAGAUGAAGUGACCACUACAACUGCUUCCUUAUCUAAACCAGAGCAUCCUCAACCAGUCAGUAACGUUGCCAUCACUCCAGAUAAACUGGCUGAUCCAACUCAGACUCAACAGGCGACGAUGAAAACCCCAGAAACCUUGGUCCAACAAGAAAUGGUGUUACACCCAGAUUUGGCAGCACUAAACCCAAAGACCAACGACAAACAGCUGCAGGUACAACCGCAGUCUGCAGGAAGCUCUGCUGAUGCACUUUGGGGGGCAGUGCAAAACACUGGACAGGAGGAGGGAAAAAUCUGUCAAAAAGAUGCUGCACUGUCCGAGACCCAGAAGAACCAACUACAGCAGCCUGUUGGUUGCAGUCCAGCAGCUGAUGCUGCCAUAACGAGUUUAGACAUUAAAACAGCUGCUACUCCAAACGAUGUUAAAGACUUUCUGACCGUUGGCGAGAGCGUGGCGUAUUACCUGAAUCCAAUGAAUUUCAAUUGUGUCUCUGCAGAAAGCGUCCUGUCAUCUAAACCUUUUUCUCUUGGCUCAAAGCUGCUGUUAAUAAGGAACCUUCCAAUGAAUAAGGACUGCUGCUACACGGAGGAGGAACUUGUAAAUCUGCUCAGUAGAUUUGAAUUUCAAUACGCACACAACCUCAUCUAUAUUAUUCCUCAGACAGGCAUGGCAUUUGUGCUCAUGCCAAAUGAACAGUCCGUAACUGGCCUCCUCUGGGCGUCGGUGCAUGGCCAUCUCACAUUCAAAGAGCAUAAACUCUUCCUGUACAUUGUGAAAAAAGACUUGGUAAUGACACCGCUCAGGUUUUAUAGAUCUCUCAUCGAUGCAACGCCUCUGAACAUGAAAGAUGAUGGAACGAGUAUAAUCUACAUCCAGAACAUCUCACCAAGCGACACCAUUAAACUCAGGGAAGCUUUGAGAAGCAUCGGUUCUGUUAGAAACUUCCUGCCACUUCUUAACAAGGUUUUUGUUGAAUUUGAGACGGUUUAUGAUGCAGAUCGCCUCGGAGUUUGGUACAGCCUCAUGAGAGUGGGCUUCCUCCACACAGUCAACAGGCUGAAAGUACCACGAAGCAAAAAUAAAUCACAACCACCAAAACAGCCACUGAAAGCUCUGCCAGAAAGUGAGGAGAGGCUCUCUGAGGCUCAAAUACCAAAAGGAAAGUACAUCAUUCCUCAGAGCACCACUCCGCCUUUUUGGGUCACCAUGAUAACUGCACCCUAUGUUUUCCCAACUGUGUGUCCUUGGUUUAACAUCCCCAAGUUUCUGACAGUCAGAGGAGAAAUACAGGUUUUGACGCCUCCUCCUUCAGCCUCCAAGUUCUCCACCAUCAUGUUGACUGGUUUACCAGAAGGAAACUACAAACAUGAGGAUGUCGCGAAGCUCGUGUGGCGCUAUUUCCCCAAACAGAACCUUCAGACUCUCUAUUACAACAUCUUGGUCCUUCCACUGCAGAGGAGGGCCUUUGUGUUUUUCUGUGACUGGGAGGCGUGCUGCAGUUUUGUCUCAGAUUGUGUCAAAAAUCCCAUUUCUGUUGGCGGCUGCCUUCUCAGCGUCCACUUCGUGUUUGACGACAUGCAUCCUGGAUGCAGUGAGGAAAGGAUGUACAGAAAUCUGAUGAAAUGGAGCAAUGGCUAUGUUCCAGAGUUUUUCUUGCUGGAGAAGCGGCUGCUGAGUGUGGAGACCUAUGAAACGAAUGUGGAUCUCAUUAAGACUGUCAUGAAGGAAGUGGCCAUCAUCGCCAGUUUUGUCAGCAUCCUGCCACUCACCAACCGGAUUUGCAUUGAGAUGGCCUCAGCCAGUGGUGUUGCAAAGGUGCUGCAGGCGAUGCCUUUGAGGAACGAUUUGUCUACAUAUGCUUGGAGCAAGGUUGGGCGUAUUGAGUGUGUGAAGGAUCUAAAUCGGCGUCUAAAAGAGACCAGUGAGAUCAAGAUAAACCUUGAAGCAGCGACACCAGAAGUCAGCGCUGAGCCUCCUGCUUUGAAAACAGGAGCAAAUAUUGUCCUGUCGGAGCCUCAUAACGAUGUCGCCCGUGCUACCUCUACUGUACCAGCGGCCUUCAUUAAAUCCACAAUGUGUACAUCUGAAUCAAAGCCGGAGGAUAGAGCCGCUGAACCUCCUGAUGUAGUCCUGGAUUCCAAAGCUGAAACGGCCUCAACAACACAAGAAUGUCAACCUUGCGAGAAGAUUUCAGUUGUAGCAGAUUCUGACAAGAAGACCCAAACGGACCCGCUUUCAGCUGUAAGCAGUGUUUCAGACAUGUCCACUGAAGCGUCUUUGUCUGUCAAACUUGAGCCACCAGCUGGUUUAGAUUCCUGUCUUACUGCUGGAGAGAGGCUCAGAAGUCUGCUGCGUCCACAAAACAUCCGUUGUCUUGCCCAUAAUAUCAUCAUGUCCCCAAAACCCUUUUCACUUCAGUCCAGGCUUUUAUUAAUAACCGACCUGCCACAGUAUGAGGACGGCUGCUACACUGAGAGCGGCCUCAGCGAUCUGCUUCACAAAUUUGGAUUUCAGUAUAAGGACAAAAAUAUCUACGUGAUUCCUCAGGCAUGCAUGGCUUUUGCCCUUAUGCCAAGUUAUGAGAAUGCAAAGGAUGUUUUCCUAGCUGCGAAACAGUGCUUGCUUUUCAAUGGAUCUAAACUCGGUGUGGAGAUCGUGAGCAGUGGGAUUCUAAUGACACCAUUUGGAUUUUAUAAAUCUCUAAUGGAAACGAUCAACAUUCCAGUCACUGAUGACGGAACCAGUACCAUCUACAUCCAGAACAUCUCACCGAGCGAAGCCAGAGAUCUCAGGGAAACUCUGAGAAAAAUCGACUCUGUUAAAAACUACCUUCCUCUGCUCAACAAGGUGUUCAUCGAGUUUGAGUCUGCUGCUGAUGCUGAUCGGAUCGGGGUUUGGUACAGCCUCCUGAAAGGCCGCUUCGCACAUAACAUCUUCAGGAUAAAACUUCCAACGACCAACAUCAAAUCACUGCCACCACGGCUGGCAGCUAAGGCUAUGCCAGACAGCAAAGACAUCGUCGUCGGGCCGGUCGUCCCAACGACAAAUAUUGGCGUUCCAGAUGGCAGCACAGCUCCAUUUUCAGUCACCAUGACAACUGCUCCCUUUGUCUUUCCAACAGUGUCUCCUUGGUUCAUCAUUCCAAACUUUAGGACUAUCAAUAAGGAGGAGGACUUGUUGGCGUCCAUCUCUGUGGCCUCCAAGUUCUCUACUAUUAUGGUGACGGGUUUACCGCUUGGAACCUACAAACACGAAGAUGUCGCCAGGCUGGUGUGGAACUAUUUCCCCGAGCAGAAUCUUCAGACUCUGUUGUACAACAUUGUGGUUCUGCCACUGCAAAGAAGGGCUUUUGUGUUUUUCAAUGACUGGCAGUCGUGCCACAAUUUUGUCAAGGAUUUCCUCAAAAAGCAAGUUUCCCUUAAAGGACGAGUGCUACACAUCCACCUGGUCUUGGAGGAAAUGCAUCUUGGAUCCAGUGAGGAGAUGAUGUACCAAACUCUAAUGAAAUGGAGCAAUGCUCGCAUUCCGGAGCUCGAGUCGUUGCAGGAGCGGCUGGUGUGUCUGGAGCUCUCUGAUGUAUCUGUAAACCUCCUCAUGACCAUCUUAGGAUUUGUCACAAACUGCUCUUCAAUUGUCGGCUUCCUGCCUCUAGCCAACAGGUUAUGCAUUGAGAUGGCUGAAUCCAGAGGAGUAAACCAGGUGGUGGCGAGUUGUGCAAAUAUGCCAGUAGACUGGAAUAAAGUUCGAAGUGUUGAAUCUGUGAAGAGUCUGAAACAGCGUAUUGAAGACUCCAGCGAGAUCAAAAUACAUCUUGAACUUGACACCGCAGACAUCAAUGCCAAGACUACAGCUUCAAAAACUGGACCAGAGUCGCCUCCUCCUCCUGUUCCUGUUAAUUCAUUAGUCUCAUCUCUUGGCACCAUGGUGCCAAGAGAUGAGACUGAGACUGGAAGUAAAACAGCUCCUGAAAAGAAGCAACAGGCAGGACCUUGUAAUGUUGAAGUUAAGGAGGUCAAGGCUGAAAGCUGUGUUGAAUCCAAAGUAGGAGAGACUGCAGAUGUAAAACCUACUGAGAGUCUGACACCAACCACUACAGUUAAGACUCAGCCAUCUAAACCUUCAACUAAUCCACAUCAGAGCCCACAGACCAACCCAAAAACCCAGCAGACCGAUGGGAAAUAUCCAUCACAGGUCCAGAAAUGCAUGAAGCCAAAUCCAAACCUGAAGACCAAAACAAAUGUUUCAGGAAUCUCAGGUCAUGUGAAGACUAACGAGAGUCCAGCAUCAAAUGUUUCAGCAGCUUCUGCACAAAUUGAGCCAAACAAGGAAUCUUCAGCAACAGGAACUGAUCAACAGACGGGUGCAGCUGCAUCUUCAACUGAAGCAUCUUCUUUGACUCCCGGAGAGAAGAUGCAAGAUUUUCUGACACCAUCCAAGCUCUAUCCUCUUAGUUUGAAGACCAUCUUGUCACCACGUAUUCUUUCGCUCAACAUUACCCUGGUCAUCACUGACCUGCCUCAGUUCUACGACGGGUGCUACACAGAAGCCGACAUCGUCAAUCUGCUUCAGACAUAUGGAGUUCCGUGUGAAAACGAUAAACUGUUUGUCAUUCCUCAGUCCCAAAUGGCUUUUUUCAUCCUGCCAAAUGUGACAGUGGUGCAAAAUUUCUUCAAAGUGUUAUCAUGGAGGAACAUCAUCUUCAAAGAGUCGAAACUUUCAUUCCAUGUUAUCAAUACCUGUAAACCAAUGACUUUGUUUGGGUUUUAUACAUUUUUGAUGUCCUUUACCACAUUUCCUGUAAAACAGAAGAACUGUGACACAAGAAGCAUAGUUUACUUCCGCAACCUUUCGGGGAGUGAAGCCGGAGAUCUGAGGGAAGCUUUGAGAAAAAUUGGCAGUGUUAGAAACUACUUACCUCUGCUUAACAAGGUUUUUGUUCAUUGUGAAAACCCUCUGGAUGCCGAUCGACUCCAGAUUUGGUACUGUUCCUGGAAAUGGCGCCAUUUCAACUAUGUUGAACAGAAGACUUUGCCAGAAAUACUAAAUUCUUCAACAUCACCCAGUCUGGCAACGCCUGCGUUGCCACUUAAGGAGGACGUGUCAGUUGGAGCCAGUGGACCGAGGACAGGGCACGAGGGUGCCCCGCUGCCCACUCCGGAGUUCAGCGGGGGAACUUUUUGGAGUACCAUGGCAACAAGUCCUUACAUAUUUCAUACUGCAUCUCCUUGUUUCAACAUCCCAGCUCAUGAGACUGUCAAUAAGAAGACCUAUGUGGAGAUUUCUCAGCAACAUUUAAAGUUCCCCACGAUCAUGUUGACGAGUUUAUCAAAUAAAACCUUCACACAAGAGGAUGUGGCCGAGCUGGUGUGGAACUAUUUUCCUGAACAGAAUCUUCACACUCUGUACAACAACAUUGUGGUUUUACCACUACAGAGGAGGGCGUUUGUGUUUUUCAGCAGCAUUGAUGCUUGCUUAAGAUUUCUUCAAAAUCGAAACAUGAAUCCAGUUUACUUAAAAGGCUUCAUUGCCAAGAUCCAUUUAGUUUUGGAGGAUAUCGACCUUGGUUCCAGUGAGGAAUCCAUGUUCAGAACUCUGAUGAAAUGGAGCAAUAUUUAUGUUCCAGACCUAAGGUCUUUGGAGGAACGGCUGAUUUGUGUGGAGGUUUCAGGGGUGAACGAGCAGAUUGUAAUGAUGGUUAUGAAAGAGGUGGCGAGCUUCGCUACUUUCGUCAACUUCCUGCCCCUUGCCAACAGGAUUUACAUCGAGAUGGCUGAGUCCACGGGUGCAUCAAAGGUGGUGCAGAACUUGUCUGAGCAGCAUAAAGCUUGGAAGCAGGUUGGACGUGUUGAACGUUUAACAUGCCGAAAAAAGCGACUGAAGGACUGUCGAAAGAUUGCAGUGAAACUUGAGCAGGGCACCAUGACUGUCUAUACAGAGGGCACACCACUGAAAAGUCCAACAAAGUCGCCUCAGCUGCUGUGCAGAAGGAUGGAUGAGGAGUCUGCAACCUGCAGUGCUCUGCCAGAUGGAAGUCUGCUCCCAUCUGAUAAAGGCACAGAACAUCCUCAGAUUGACUUAGGCAUUUUAAAAACACUGAAAGAAGUUAUUCUUCAGCACAAACAUGAACGAAGGAGAUCCACUCUGAUGAGAGAGAUCUCCAAUGAAAGUGGCAGCAAAUCUGAGAGCUCCUCUUCCUCCAAGCAGACCACCAAAGAAAUGCAGAGCUCAUGUUUGUCGUCUGCAACUGAAGAUAUCUCAGAGUCUGCUAAAGAGUGCAAGAGCUAUGCCUCAUCUUCUGGGUCCACAAAAUGCAGUUUGUCAUCCAGCUCCUUGUCUUUGUCAGUAAAAACAAAAAAACACACACUUGAGUCCACGAAAUCUCAAACUAAUCCGUCCUCUUUCGCGGAUGGCAGUGAAACAGUUCCCUCAUUGUCUUCUUCAAAGUCUGGUAAAUCUUUGGUAUCCUCUGGUGAGAAAGAUCUGUCAAGCAAGACAGAGACUUCUCUUAGAGCAUCACCACAACCAUCCACAUCCACCGGUAGAAAUACUUGUUCAUCCUCAACAUCUGCAGAAACUAGUCAGUCAGAAAAAAAUAAACUUACUGGGGGUGCAAUAGCAAACGGUGACCACGAGUUGUCAGCAAAGAGCUGCACUGCAAAAACUCAGUCAGACUCAAAACUGGUAAAAUCAUCAGAGGCCAGUCCAGCUGCUCAGGGACAAAAUUCGGAGUUUACCUACGAAAUCCAGAAUCAAGAGUGUUUUAAAGAUAAAACACUCAAAGAGGCAACCGAAGGCAAAGAAAUCGAGAGGGAAAGUAAUGUUGAUGUGAAGAGUCCCGUGAAGGAGGGUCCUGACCAUGAAAGUUACCAAAUCACUGAUUCAGUCACUGGACAGAAAGAUAAACAAAACUCUGACACGGAAACUCCUGGAACUGAGAAAAGCAAGAUUUUAUGUCAGGAAGGCCUUCAGGUUUCAAAAAACGUAGAGGACAGUAAGAAGGCACUCAAUAAACUAGAGAUGGAAACGUUUCUUGAUGCAAAAAAUAAUGCAACUGAAAAGGAGUAUGUUGCAGUUAAGGACGAAAAUCGUCUGGCCAAAAAUGAGGGUUCAACAGUAAAACCAGACCAGAAAAUAAAAGCUUCUACAGGUGAAGAGCGAGAGACUUUACCAAUAAAACAGGAGAGUUCAGAUAAACUCUCGCAGAUACAAUCAACGGACAGUAGUGCAGAAACGGGGACUGGUGAGAGGACAGAGGAGGUGGUCUAUAAGGACUCUGUCUCUCCCACACAAAGGUCUUUUGGAAGAUCCAAAGGAGGAGUCAAACAAGAUGAACCAAAUCAAGACAUAGUAGCCACUGAUGAACAAACCAUCACCACAAGAUCUACCAGGGAAAGAAUGGAAAACACUGAGAAAGACUCUUCAGAUGGAAGAAAGGACAACACUCCAAGACAGAGGAGACACACUCCUACCAGAGAUUCACAAGAACAAAAUAAAGACAGAAGUCCGAAAGGAGAAGAAGAAAUGCCUGCCAUUGACGUCACACCAACAACCUGCGAGCAGAAACCAACACAAGACAUCUCAGAUGACUUCAGAGAGACUAAAGAGGAAGAUAAAGAAGCUGUAACAAGAAGGAAGAGAGGUCGGCCCAAGAAGACGGCCGGACUGCCUCCUGUGAUGACAUCUACCAGAAAGAUAAUGGCAGAAAAUACUCCUGAACAGAUGCUUGAAAGAUUUGGUCGACGUACCCGUUCAUCUUCGGCUGCUGUCAAGAGGUCUGUAGAAACUCAUCAGUCGCAGGAAAAUGAACCAAAACCUGCAGAGCGUGCAGAGGUAAAGUCGGGGCGCAAAGUAACUACAGAGAGGAAAAGUGCAAAAACAGUGCCAGUCCUGGAUCCACCUGUACGGGGACAGGAGUCCGAAGUCCACAAAGCUGAAACCCCUAAAUCUAGGCUGAAGAAAAGCCUUCAGGUGUCACACAGUAUUAAUAAUGAGGUUCAAAUUUGCAGUCAAUCAGCGAAAGAUGCUAAAGAAAAAGAGAUCGCUACAGAUGACCAUGAAGAUUCUUUACAAGAGAAAAAACAUUUGGUCAAAGAUGAAGGUUUAGCAGUAAAACCAAGCCAGGAGACUAGAUUCUCUAAGUCCGAGGAUGGAGAAAAUUCACCAAAAAAACAGAGUCCAGAUAAACAGCCUGAGACACAAACAAAGGACAGCAGUGCAGAGACAGAGACUGAUAACGGGCCAGUGGAGAUGGUCUGUAAGGAGUCUGUUAAAAAUAAAUCUGGCAAAGAAAGAUCUUUUAGUCACACUGCUAGAUUAGCCAAACAAAAUAAGACCAAUGAAGACAAAGCAGCCACUAAUGCACCAGUUGUUACCACAAGGUCCACCUCCCGAAGGAGAAAAAUAACUGAGAAAGACUCUGCAUUUGAAAGCAAAAAAGACAAGACCCUUACAAGGAGGAGGAAAACUAAUCCUGGAGAUUCUCAACACCAAAGCAAAGAGAAAACUCAGAAAACAGAACAAGAAAUGCUUCCUAAAGACGACACACCAGGGACCUGUGAGCAGAAACCACCACAAGAGAUCUCGGAAGACGUGAACUUCAGAAAGAAUGGAGAGGAGGAAAAAGAAGCUGCAACAAAAAGGAAGAGGGGUCGACCCAAGAAGACGGCCGGACCAUCUCCUGUGAGGAAAUCAGCCAGAGGGGUGAAGGCAGAAUAUCCUGAUGGACAGACUCUGAGAAGAUUACGUUAUAAACGUAAGAUGGAGUUUUCUGGACCCGAGCCAAAGAGAUGUCGCUCUUGGUUCGCUCGUGUUGCCGCUGUUGUCAGACAUCCUUUCUAUAAACCCCAUCGAAAAACUUCAGGACGCUCCCACAUGAAACUCUGAAGGGACCUCGUUCUGAUUGAUUACCUUUUAUUUUUUCCUCCAUGACAAAAGUUAAUCUGCUCUAAGUUUUAGGAGAUAACGAAGGGCAGCAGUUGCAGAUGAAGCUUUUUGUUUUCUGACUGGUUUGGUCUGUUUUUCAUGUUUAAGGCUGGAUAUCUGUUUUUUAAAGCAUUGCACAGCAUGUUGUUAAUUUCUUUCGAUUUAAAGAUACUUGCUAGAAGAAAUGUUGAUGUUGCCUACUCUUUUAUUAUUUUUUUUUUACUUUUUUAUUUGCAUGUAGCCAGAUGAUACAUGAACAUAAAAUGGAUUAUUGUUCUCACAGGAAUACACUAGGAAACAUCUUUUGUUUCCAAAAUACUUAAAUAUGCUUUACUACAUGUAAAUUAACUUGUACAAUAAACUGGUUGCUGUUAAAUUGGAUUAAAAUA